AUGUCGUUUAGUUACGAGCCCCUCGAUGAGCAUUCUUUGAAAGAUUUGGACGAAUGGUUUGGCAAAAAAAAUUGUUUGUACGAGUUUAAUCCGGGCAAAUUCGUUAUAAGCGGUGAAUUCGCCGAAAUGGUGCCGAGAAUUUCACAAGCGGAAGUGCGAAAAGAUGAUGUUUGGUUAAUUAGUUACCCAAGAUCGGGUUCAACUUGGUGCCAAGAAAUCGUUUGGUUAAUCGGAAAUAACUUUGAUUUUGAAAGGGCGAGAAAUACAGUUCAACAUUUAAGAACACCAAUGAUUGAAAUGGAUCUUUAUUAUUGGUUUAAAAACGAUUUUAUUGAAGAAUAUGGAAGUGAUUCAAUUAAUUAUGUGGAUAAUUUACCAUCACCAAGAUUUUUAAAAACUCAUUUAACGGGACAUUUUUUACCAAAACAAUUCGAUCAAGUUAAUCCCAAGGUAAUUUACAUUGCAAGAAACCCAAAAGAUAUUUACUGCUCGUAUUACACCCACCUAAAAAUGUUUCACGCUUUAAAAGCUCCAUUUGAAGAUUACGCAAAAUAUUACAUAGCAGGAAAAGCACCGAUGGGGUGUCCAAUAGCACAUCAAUUAUCAUUUUGGAAUAAACGAUUCGACCCAAACGUUCUUUUUCUUUGGUACGAAGACAUAAAAGCGGAUACUAAAACCACUAUAAAAAAGAUUGCAAAUUUCUUAGAAAAACCGAUAACAGAAGAAAAUUUAGAACGACUUCACGAUUACGUUUCUUUAGAAAAGAUGAAAUCAAAUCCUGGGGUUAAUUUAGAAAAAUUAAUUGAACAAUGUUACGGAGAUGAUGUAUCUGAUAGAUUUUUUAUCGGAAAAGGGCAAAUUGGGUCGUGGAAAACGAAGAUGUCCGAAAAGAUGAGUGAAGAGUUCGAUGAUUGGAUUGAAAAAAAAACUAAAAAUACAGAUUUAAGAUAUUAAAAAAAAUUCUUUUUUG